CGUUCAGCUAUAACUACGCGCGCUGCCUGCUCAUCCAUUACCCCUCCCCCUCCUUGUCUUCUUCUUCAUUCCCCUCCUGCAACCCUGGUGUCUUCUGGUCGCCAUCCAUCCGUCAUGUCGCACUCUGCUGCUGAAUUGGAGAAGCCCACGGGCGAGUACCGUCAAUACUUGCCCGAUCUGAGUUUAAAGCGCUUCCAGGUGAUGCAAGGUCAAGAUGCCCAUGAAUACGCACAUGAUUUCAAGACAUUGAAGAACCCCCCGUGGCUGCAUGGCCUCUACAUGCACUGGGUGGAUUUGCUGCAGGAGCCGUUCAAGGGCGUCACCACGGAUGGCAACGUUCGUCCCGGCCUGUUCACGCUCCAAGACGAGGAUGUCCCAAUUGGCACCAUCGUGGAAGCCACUCAGAAUGUGCUGUCCCUCGCCGACGAGAAGCAGCGCCAGAAGCUGUCCUACCACAUUGACUCCCCUGAAUGGCGGACCUGGUCGAACCCCGAGUUCCUUCUGGCCGACAAGGGUCUGCGACUCGACGAGAUUGACACCAAGCUGCGUGAUGCCAUCCUGAAUGUCUUGAAGGCCACCCUGUCGCCCGAAGGUUACGACAAGGCGAUCAAGGCAAUGCGCAUCAACCAUUUUCUCGGCGAGCUGGUCGAGUCCACCAAGGUCAUGAAUGAAUUUUCCUACAACUUUGUCCUUUUUGGUCGUCCGUCGACCACACGGCCGUGGGGCUGGUCCUUCUACGGCCACCACCUCUGUCUCAACAUCUUCCUAUACAAGGGUCAGAUUGUCGCCUCUCCCUGGUUCACCGGCGCGGAGCCCAACGAGAUUGAUGACGGCCCGUACGCGGGCACUCGGAUCAUGCAGGUGGAGGAGGAGCUUGGCCUGCGACUGAUGCAGUCCCUAAGUCCGGAGCUUCAGCAACAGGCUCGCGUGUAUGCAGAGAUGCAUGAUCCUGCCAUGCCACCAGGCCGCUGGAACCGCGAUGACCAGCGCCACUUGUGCGGUGCGUACCGCGACAACCGUGUAGUACCUAAUGAGGGCAUCACGGUUGCUUCCUUCACAGCGGAACAGAAGAACUACAUGUACGGCAUUUUCGAGCAAUACCUCUUGUACCUCCCUGCCCGGGCGCGUCAGUUGAAGCUGGAUCAGAUCCGCCAGUACGAGUCGGAGACUUACUUCUGCUGGAUUGGUGGAUACGGUGAUAGCGAUCCGUUCUACUACCGGCUCCAGAGCCCCGUGGUUCUGAUCGAGUUCGACCACCACUCCGGUGUCUUCUUGAACAACGAGGAGCCGAAGAAGUUCCACAUUCAUACUCUGCUGCGCACACCGAAUGCGGGAGAUUACGGCCAGGCUUUGCGUCCUCAGAUUCCAGCCGUGGAGGGCCUCAAUGGCAAGGAGAUUGUCUGGGAGAAGUCCGCGCUAUGAUGUGGAUGCGUGAUAAUAUAUGAUGAAGUUAUGUGAAUGUUCUUGUGCAUAGAGUGUUAUAUAGCGUACAUACGCAUGGAAUCUGUGAUAUCCAUCCUUG